GAGAGAGAGAGAGAGAGAGAGCAAAUUCCCUAUAGCAAGUAGAGGAUGGAUCCAAAGGGAUCGCAUUGAUCCUAAGUAAGAUGAAUUCUCCUCAUUCUUUUCUUAAUCAUUCGCAAAAAAAAAAGUCCCAAAAAUUUGCUUGGUUUUGGAUCAUGCUAUCCCUUUGGAUUCUUCCUUUGGCAGCUUCCUCUUCGAUCAGAUGGUUUUAACUUUUAACUAAAUAAACCAGCCAGAUGCUUUGCCAGAAACCUUGUUGGCGUAAAGAUUCUUCGACGCUUUGGUCUCAGGCUAACAACACCAAUAUAGUUAACUCUCUUCUUACAAAAAAGCUGGCUUUCUCAGAAUUUCUUCAUGUGGUCGAAGAAGGAGGAGGAGGAGAAGAAAGGGAAAGGCUCUUAGUUGCAGAGACACAAGAGCCGUUUGUCAGAGAAACCAUGAACGCCACCGAAGCUAAGAAUCGCAAAAUCAUUGUCGGAGACGAUAUUGAUAUCGAAAUCCCCGAUACUGCUCAUCAAAUUAGCAGCGAUUCAUGGUUUCAGGUGGCGUUUGUUCUGACAACCGGUAUAAACAGCGCGUAUGUGUUGGGAUAUUCGGGAACAAUCAUGGUUCCUUUAGGUUGGAUUGGUGGUGUGGUUGGUCUUAUUCUUGCUACUGCAAUCUCUCUUUAUGCAAACACUCUCAUAGCUAAGCUUCAUGAGUUUGGUGGCAGAAGACACAUUCGCUAUAGAGACCUCGCUGGUUUCAUUUACGGUAGAAAGGCUUAUCGCCUUACAUGGGGAUUGCAAUAUGUCAAUCUUUUCAUGAUCAAUUGUGGAUUCAUCAUACUAGCUGGUUCCGCCUUAAAGGCUGUUUAUGUUCUUUUCAGGGAUGAUCAUGUCCUUCAAUUACCUCAUUGUAUAGCCAUUGCGGGUCUGAUCUGUGCUAUCUUCGCUAUUGGAAUUCCUCAUUUAUCGGCUCUUGGAGUAUGGCUUGCAGUUUCGACCAUCCUCAGCCUCAUCUAUAUCGUUGUGGCAAUCGUGCUAUCAGUUAAAGAUGGAGUGAAAGCACCUUCAAGAGAUUACGAGAUUCAAGGAUCAUCACUAAGCAAAAUUUUCACCAUCACAGGAGCAGCUUCAAAUCUUGUUUUCGCAUUCAACACUGGGAUGCUUCCAGAAAUUCAGGCGACAGUGAGGCAACCGGUGGUGAAAAACAUGAUGAAAGCUCUAUACUUUCAAUUCACAGCCGGUGUUUUACCGAUGUACGCGGUUACAUUCAUCGGAUAUUGGGCUUACGGAUCCUCAACCUCGACUUAUCUGCUAAACAGCGUUAAUGGCCCACUCUGGGUCAAAGCCCUUGCUAACAUCUCUGCUAUCCUUCAAUCUGUCAUCUCUUUGCACAUUUUUGCGAGUCCAACAUAUGAGUACAUGGACACAAAGUUUGGGAUCAAAGGAAACCCAUUUGCGUUAAAGAACUUGCUGUUCAGGGUCAUGGCAAGAGGCGGAUACAUCGCGGUUAGCACGCUUAUCUCGGCUUUGUUGCCUUUCCUUGGGGACUUCAUGAGCCUCACUGGUGCAGUGAGCACAUUCCCUCUCACAUUCAUUUUAGCCAACCACAUGUACUAUAAGGCUAAGAACAAUAAGCUCAAUCCUGUUCAAAAGCUAUGGCAUUGGCUUAACGUUGUUUUCUUCAGUUUGAUGUCUGUUGCUGCAGCCAUUGCAGCUGUUAGGCUCAUUGCUGUUGAUUCCAAAAACUUCCACGUUUUUGCAGAUCUGUAAUUCAUUUAUACACACACAUAUAUCUACAUAGUCAUUGUAUUUUUG